AUGUUUGUCAUUCUGCACGACUUCGAGCCAACACUCGAGUGCACUCAAGAGCAAUGGAUCCUCAAGCAUCCACCUUCAAAGGACAAACUGCUGGCCCCGCAGUCACACCAGGACCCAAGAUAUCAAUUCAAUGGCAGGGCGAAACUGCUCUCACUGAUGCCCUGGGGAAGAAAAAAGAUGGUGGAUGCUGAUGACAAUCCCAUUGGCAAGGACAAAGGGCAUAUCUAUAGUGCCAUCGCCGGGCUCAUUUUUGCGGAUCACAUCAAGUAUGGCGCCGCAUACCGUCAAAAUCUGAAGAAAUUUUGCAAUUCAGUCUCCAACCAGAUCUCAGGACUCAGGACAAAAUACAAACAGCACAAGGGCAGGUUCACGGCCACGGGCACUGGCAUCAUGCCACAUGAUGGGCAGUCUGCACAAAAUCUCUUAGCACUCAUUCGUGCAGACUUUCCUUGGUUCUUGGAUCUUGAUUCCAUCUGGCACAACAACUCCUCCAUGGCGGCAAAGACUUACUCAUCUCAGCUAGGCAUUGAUUAUGCUGGCACACUGUAUUCGCUUGUCCAGCCACAUGGCAGGGCUGGCCCCUCAAUGCACUUUGGCACCACUGCUGGGGCUGGUCCCUCCAUACCGGCUGCUCAGUCCUCCCAUGCAUAUCCGCCCUCCAAUCUGCCCCCCUCCACAUAUCCUCCACUGACCUCAUUCAUCAAUGAGCCAUUGAAUGCGAAUGUUCCACUGACCUCAUCCGUCAACGAGCUGUCGAACACAAACAUUCCCCAGAGGCUUCCCAGAAUGCCUGACCUACCCCCUGGCGCAUAUCUACCCUCUAACACAUAUUCACCCCCCAAUGCAUUCCCCUUCCCAAACACUAGUACUCCCCCUUAUCCUUCCUUCCACCUUCCUGGACUCUAUAAUUCCCCUGACAUCAAUAUCUGUGAUGACUUUGGAGCUGCCAACAACAAUAAUGACUUGUAUUUGGAGGGCACAGGCCCAUUUUCUGUGCCCCUUGGAGAUGCACUAGAACAUCUUAACGGUGAUGAGAUGAUGGACCAUAAUGGGGAUGCUUGA